AUGUCAAGCAAAACCAUCAUUGUCACUGGGGCUUCAAGAGGCAUCGGACUCGCAAUCGCAAAGUACCUCCUUACUGCCCCUCAGUCGCAUAAUGUCGUCGUGAUAGCCCGCAGCGUUGAGCCUCUUCAGAAGCUCAAGGAGCAGUACAAUAAGCAAGUCGAGGUGCUCAAUGGCGAUUUGGCAGAUUUUUCUCUUGGCCAGAAGGCAGUCGACCUCGCCAUUAAGUCCUUCGGCCGUCUCGAUGGCAUGGUCCUCAACCACGGAAUCCUCGGACAGGUCGGCAAGGUUGCCGAAGCAGACGUCGAACAGUGGAAGCAAGGAUUUGACGUGAACUUUUUCAGCUUGGUUGCUUUUGUCAAAGCUGGUCUGCCAGCCCUACGCGAGUCCAAGGGAAAGAUUGUCCUGACUUCGUCGGGAGCGUCGGUGUCCGCCUACAGAGGUUGGGGUCUAUAUGGAGCAACAAAAGCCGCCAUGAACCAUCUGGCUUUGACUCUGGGCGAAGAGGAACCCGAAGUGACAACUGUGUCGAUCAGACCCGGCAUGGUUGACACUGAGAUGCAACGGGCGCUGAGAGAAGACCAUGCUACGACAUUGGAGCCCCAAAUGCACUCCAAGUUCACCACUGUCCACAAAGAGGGCAAGCUUCUGAAGCCCGAACAGCCCGGACAUGUGAUGGCUAAACUUGUGCUGGACGCCCCAGCUUCGCUAAGUGGAAAGUUUAUUUCGUGGAAUGAUCAAGCUCUGGAAGCUUUCCAAGCAUAG